UGAUGCAGAAAUUUACAGUUUCAUCGUGUUUUACUGCACAAAAUUGAAUAAAUUUUUUAAAAAUUGUAUUUCAAAUAUUUUACUUUAAAGUCUCUGAAAUUAAAAAAUAUAUAUACUCAUACUGGCGAAUUACUCGUACUGAAUUCCGUGACUACCUUCACGCCAUACAUUCAACUGGCUUUGACAGAUUGCUUUGGUGUUUUCAAAAGUUGUCUAUUCGCAACUGUUUUUAUAAGCCAAGCUGUACUUAUUCUCAAUCAUGCUCAAUGGCAUUGUAAUUUUCAGUGAUACUAAUUAAAAUAAAAAAAGCCACAAAAAGAAACUAGUGUUUCAUUACAUUUUUCACUAUUUGAAUAAAAAUGUCGUUCCCAAAUUCGAAGCGUAUUUCAGACAUCGACUAUCAAACGCCACUUCGCACGUCGGUAUCGGAAUCAUUUACUAAAAAGGAUUUGUUACCGAAACGAAUAUCGGAGCUGUCACCGCUCGAAUCAUCUGACGAUGAAGAUCAAGGGCCAAACAAUGCCUUUUUGAAUGAUUCAUUCAUUGAGUCGCCGAUGGAUAAAUUGAAGAACAAUAGUGAAAAUAAUCAAAAUGCAAUCAAUAAGAAGACCGAUUUGAUUUUUAGUGCAAGUAAUUUGCCGUCAAUCAAAGAAAAGGGUGAAACAAGCGCUGAAAAUACUGGCAAACGAGAUUCGACGUCGCGUCAAUUAAAUUUUGAUGAUCCUGAUGGGGAUGUUGUGAACAAAAAGGAGCCAGACCGACCGAAAAUUUCGCUAUUCAGCAAACUCCAAUCGAAUGACACCACCAGAAAAUUAAGCGAAUCCGUCACGGCUCGUGUGUCCGAUGCUUCAUGGAAAACGAAAACGGUUGAAGUCAAAAGUGCGGACAGUUUGAAUGCACCACUUGAAGCGCUUGCCGUCAAACAGACUAGUGUGGCUCCAACAAAGACCAUCGAUUCAUUGGUACAUGAACCGAAACUGUGCACCGAACAACAAACACCGAAAGUAAAAUCAGCAGAUCGAGAUAAGUCAAGGAAUGCAGCUCCAAAACCAAAUCCAGAUGAUGAAGAAACUCCGUACAAAGGGUUUCAAAUGCCACCAACAUUAACUAUGCGCCGCGUACAAUCGACCUCACAGCAUCGAACGAUUUUAUCAUCGGCUAGCCAGACGAAGAAAUGCCGUUCCGAAUUGGAAAAUGAAUUUAAAUCACAGAAAGUUCUUUUCCGCACACCAUCAGCUGUUUCACGGCCAGCCAUGAAAGUCAUGAAUCAUUUGGGAUUGGACGAUUCGUUGAACUGUUAUCAGUCAUCGCCAAUGGCAAAUCUGUCGCCAGUUAAAGAAGAACGGAAUAAAGACCUUAACCAUUCCACAAAUGAACUAAUUGCCAAUGACUUGUAUCGAUCGACUGAUAAACUCGACGGCGCAAAAGACGUUGCGACAAAAGAGGUCCUUAAAUCAAGUGCCACUUUAAGUGACAGUGCAGACACAAAGAAAACGAUAACCAUCAAUGGCAAAGACUUUGUAAUACAAAGCAAAAUUGGCCAAGGUGGUUCCAGUUCAGUAUUUUUAGUAGAACACAAAGAUACCAAACUUCCGUGCGCGUUGAAGGUGGUCGAUUUGCGUGGUGAUCCGGCUUUGAUUGAAGGCUACAUUAAGGAAGUGAAGAUUUUAGCCAUGCUUCAGGAUAAAUUGAAUGUGAUUCGAUUGUACGAAUAUGCCCUAAUUUCAUCGGAAAAUCUUCUGUACAUGGUAAUGGAGAAAGGUGAUUCUGACCUUCGGAAAAUAUUACAAACAUACAACUCAUCGCUGCCGCUCUACACACUGAUGUCUUAUUGGCAUCAAAUGCUUGAAUCCGUCGGUUAUAUCCAUAAGAAAGACAUCAUUCAUUCUGACUUGAAGCCAGAGAAUUUUUUAAUGGUUCGAGGACGAUUGAAGCUCAUUGACUUUGGGAUUUCAAGUAAAAUGGCCGUUGAUGCCACAUCGAUAAUCAAGCAUUCUCAAGUUGGCACAUUCAACUACAUCAGCCCCGAAGCACUAAUGGAUACAUCGACCGGCAACAGUCCGAUAUCAAAGAAGCAUCAACCGAAAAUCAAAAUUUCACCAAAGUCCGAUGUAUGGUCUCUUGGAUGCAUUUUGUAUUUGCUGCUGUACAAAAAGACGCCAUUCGCACAUAUCAAAAAUAUCUACGCUAAAAUGCAAGCGAUUAUCAAUCCAAGUAAAGAGAUCGAAUAUUCGAAACUACCAAACUACUAUCCGUCAAUGCUACUAGAGAUGGUGCAGCUGUGUUUGAAACAUAAUCCAAAAGAACGAGCAUCUGUAGCGGAUCUAUUGAAAUUUCCUAUUGCCAUGGUGAUACCUAUCAACAAUACAGAGAAAUAACAUUCUGUUUGUAGCUUUAUCCACCGAUUUUAUACACUAGAAAUAUAACAAUCGUAUUAAAUUGCAAGUAUUGCUUUAAUUUGUAUUGUAUAAAACAUGAGAGAUAUCAUGAAUAAGCCAUAGAGUUUGGGUUUAUUUUACUGUUUUGGUGAGAGAACUAUUUUAUAAUUUAUGUUAUUGAAUCAUUUUGAAUAGCACCACAUGAAUGCUUCGAAGGAAAUUGUUAGCUGGUUCAAGAGUGUUUGUAUGCAGAAAGUUGAAUAAGUGGAAAGGCCGAGCGUUUAUCAAAUCAAUCAGAAUAAUCUAGAAUAAAAUGAAUAAUGGGAAUUCAAA